AUGGCCUCUUGCUCCGAGUUUUGUGGGUCCGGUCACGCGGUCAGCUCCGGCUGUCAUGUUUUCGUAGUGCGUUCUUAUUUGCACCACUUCUACGAGGAGUGCACAGCCUCAAUGAGGGAGCAGCAGGAGGACUUUCAGGGCCAGAGUUCACUGCUGCGGUGGAGCUCAAGCUUCUGGAAGGUCACACUUGCCGUUGGUGUCGUGCUCCUGUCAUUGGGGCUGGUGGUCAUGACAGUGGGCUAUUCCAUCCCCAUUCGCAUUGAGGCUUUUGGUGAGGGCAAACUGCUGUUCGUGGACCGCCAGGCCGUGCGUCACAAUCGCUCGCUACACAUAUGUGUGCUGGUCGGGACGGGGCUUCUCGCUCUGGGUGGGGUUCUGAUGUCUAACUUCUCCACAGCUCCCACAAAACAGGAAGACGCCAGAGGAGAACGGAAGGGGGGAACCAGAGUCCCGAGUGCAAUGAGAAGCCCAGCAGACCCUGUAGUGAAGCCUCCCAGUCCGGUCUCUAGUGACGGAGGACUAUCUCCUCUCGCUACGGACAAUAAAGUUCAGCAGUGCUCGUAA